AAGCAAGGAAUAAGACAUACACAAUAAUGUGGACACGGCUCUGUGAAUUAAUCAUCUUCAUACAAACCCAUGGACCUAUGUGUUGUCUGGACUCUGUCAGAGUAGAGAGAUGGUAAGGGCUGCAUGUCUGUCAGACAAGAUCUACAUGUGUUGGAUGCUUCUGACCAUCCUGCCGACAUGGAUCGCAUGAGGAGGAAUAAAGUGGAACAUGAGCGACAGAUGCACCAGAUUUUACAGAACACUCCUUUAGACUUGAUUGAAACAGGCAAAUCCUUGAAAGUCCAAGCAGAUCGCCCCCACCUGGUUAGUCUAGGAAGUGGACGCCUGAGCACAGCCAUCACUUUGCUACCACUGGAGGAAGGGAAAACCACACUGGGCAGUGGGGGGACAGACAUUCCCCUGCAGGGCCCUGGCAUUGCAGCUCAGCACUGUUACAUUGAAAACCAAGCAGGAAGCAUCACCUUGUACCCAUGUGGCAACCAGUGCUCCAUAGAUGGGCUCCCCAUCACCAAACCCUAUCGCCUUACACAAGGCUGCAUGCUGUGUUUCGGUCAGUCGGCCUUCUUCCGCUUUAAUCAUCCAGAGGAGGCUCAAAGGAUAAAGAGCAUGAUGCCUGGAGGGAGCGUCAGACUGAACACUACAAAACCAUUUUCCUCUGACCUCCAUAGCAGUUCAAAUGGAAACCAUGAUUCUUUUCCAUGCAGCAGAGAUGCUGAACUCAACAACAUGGCAAAAACCCUGCAGGAUUCAUUGGUGCUGAAGGCUUCAUCAUCAUCUUCAGGGUUUGGUAAACAGCCUCUUCCACCAUCUCCUGCAGACAUGUUAAAUGGGAGAAACGGCUCUGCAGCAGAGAAUUCCAUUCAUGAAAACAGCAGCAGCAUUUCUCUGACUCAAAAUAUUGGCAACAAAACCCUUCCAGUUCCUGCCAGGUCCGCUCAUAUCAGUCAGGUUCCUGUCCCUCAUCCACGGACCUCACUGUCUACGUGUGGUACUAGUGGUGGUCAGAGGUCCCAGGAGAGCCCAAAGCCUCUUAGAAAUGUAAGGGUGGAAGCCACGUCAAGCCCCAAACCACAUGUCAGGGGAUCAGGACAGGGCAUGGAAAACUCAGGCAUAAGCCACAAACCAUCCUCCAAGUUUGCCCUAACAGCUCCAUCAAGUCCUCGCUUAAGAGGUCCCUCCCUGCAGCAGAGAUCCCAAAGUCCCAUGCGAGAGCAGGGUCAGCUUCACUCCUAUGUAGAUGCUCCUCAAAGGCCAACUGGGUCCAGCAGCCUGAGGGAACUCCCUCCUUUAAGUCCUUACAUGUCCUGUAGAGGGACUCCAGGAUCACAGGGAGUCCCAGAGAGCCCGCAGGGCCACCGCAAACUUGCAGCUCCGUCAAAAGCAGAGGCUAUGAAGGCACUGUAUACACAGAGUUCAUCAUCUCUGUCUGGGCUGGAGGAGUCUGCAAACAGGCAGUUAAGGCCUGGCCCGGGAAGUGCAUUCAUGUCAAGCUUGAGUUCUGUGUCUGGUAUGUCUCCACUUGCUAGUCCUCGUAGCCAAAGGAAGACCUCCUGCAUAAAUGUGAAAGGACCUGCCAGCAAGGAAGGGAAUCUUACAAAACCAUACACCAGGGAACGCAAAAACAGCAUUUCUGAGAUCAGUGACAAUGAGGAUGAGCUCCUGGAAUACCACCGUUGGCAGAGAGAGGAGAGGCUACGAGAGCAGGAAAUGGAGAAACUGGAGCGACAGAGACUGGAGACCAUCAUGAAUCUGUGUGCAGGGUAUAAUCAGGAGGACAAUGCUGUGGAGGUGGUGAAGAGUGAGCUGCUGGGGGGUAUAAGGGGGAUCUGCUCAAACGCAGGAGGGGGUUUGUCUCUUCAGGGUCCAGACAGAGCCCAAAGGGUGGGAGACAUCGAUGAGGAAAUCCAGAGAGAGGAGUCUAGCAGCACAGAGAGCACACAUCAAGAGUGUGAAGAGCGAUUUGCUGGGCAGGAGCAGGUCUACCUGGAGGAGGAAAGGAGCAGGAUCUUGGCCAGGGUUGAUGACUUAAAGCACAGAGUUAGUGAACUGGAGCAGCAGCUUCAAGAGACCAAACAGGAGGUGGAGAUGGAGCAAGCCUUGUUGCAGGCAGAGAGGCGGGCAGAGCAGGAGCAGGUGGAGGCUGAAAAUGAAAUCAUCUCUCAGCUGCAGCUUAGACUCAGUCAGCUAAACAUGGCCACCCAGCAAAAGAAAGACAAGGGGAGGGCUAAUGUGUCGGCUGAGCGGAAGGUCCUGGAAAAGCAGAGGAAUGAGUACAAUGAGCUGAAGAGGCAGCUCGAUAAGUGCCCCUUGUCUCUAAGGGAACAGUUACAGGAGCAGCUCAGCAGGAAAGCUGAAGCUUUGGAGUCUGGGACCAAGCAGUUUGAAGAGCUGGAAUUUUGCCAGCUGGAGGAGGAGAGCAGCCUGGAGGAGAAGAAAGAAGCUCAGAGCUCACAUCUUCUCCAAGAACGAACUGAGUAUCACUGCAGCGUGGCCAGGAGGAAGGAGAGGAUGACUGCUCUAGAAGCUCAGGUGAAACAGCUCGGGAUACAAGCAUCUCAAGACUGCGAGAGAAUUACAAAAGACAAGACAGUGACUCUGCAGCUGUUGCAUAAGGAGCAAGACAGGUUGUGUGCGCUGGAGAAGAGGUACCACACCUUGACAGGAGGGAAAAACUUCCCAAAGUCAAUCGGCAGCAUGAAAGAGGAAUUGCUUCACAUCAGCGAACCUGACCUUGUUUAUGUGGAUGGUGCUCCUCAUAGCCCUUGUCCUUCCUCUGCCUCCUUCUCCUCCUCUCACAUCCCCUCCCCUGAACUCUGUCCUGUCAGACUGCAAGAGGAGUACCUCAGGAUGUCUGAUGUCUAUAGGAUGUAUGGAAAUGCUUCUAUGCAGCCUCACUCUUCUUCUCCUGCUGCUCUCCACUGCCUCUCACUUACUGUAUCUCCAGCUCUGCCAUGCGAGGAGUACAUCACAGUCAGUCAGUUAAGCCAGAUCUUUGGGAUGCAGAGAGUUGACGUCUCUUCUUCCUCCUCUACUCCAUCAUUCCAACUUGCAUCAUCUGAAUCCACCUUUUCACGCCACUCAGCUGCAUGUGAUCCUUCCUCCUUUCUUUCUGCACAGAGCCAGGCUGAGCUGAGCAGGAAUGCAUUGCCUCCCAUUAAUCUUGAACGCUGGUACCAGGACAUCAUGGCUGCUGGAGAGCCUCAGUCCUGUCCUCCACCGCUGCCUGCAAAGUCUUUUUCUGCACGCAGACAUGGGCAGAUUUUAAAGUCUAAAUCAGAUGGCGAGGUUGGACAGGGAUCAUUAAGCAGUCAUUUCAGCAGCACUGCCGUCCUGUCACACUCCAGUGGUGUUAUGCAUGAAAUAAAUGCACCCACCAAGGGGUUACAGUUGACGCUGAGAGAGAUGCCAAACCCAUUAGACAUGGAAUCUAGGAAGCAAAUGGCUCUGCAAUGCAAAGAUCCAUCUCCCACAGUUCAUCACUCCAUCCUGCAUCAUCAGUCGCCACCAAGUGGCAACCAGGCAUAUGACACCCUAAGCCUGGAAAGCUCAGACAGUAUGGAGACCAGCGUCUCCACCGGCAACUCCGCCUGUACCCCAGAAAGUGCCUGUGGGUUUGAGGCCCAGAGAAUAGAAGAGAUGGAGAAGAUGUUGAAAGAAGCGCAGCAGGAGAAAUCCAGACUGAUUGAAAAUAGAGAGAAGGAGGUGCAGGCUCGGCGGCAGAUGUUGGAGGAGGAGCGGAGGCGGCGAGAGGAGGCCGAAAGGAGGCUUCAGGACGAGACGGCCCACAGGCGGAGGCUGGUGGAGGAGGAGGUGAAGAUGAGAGAGAAAAACUUCUCUCAGGCCCGUCCAAUGACACGCUACCUGCCAAAUCGGAAGGAAGAGUUUGACCUGCGUGCCCAUGUGGAGUCAUCCGGCCACAGCAUAGAGACCUGCCCCUUCGUCAUCCUCACAGAAAAAAUGUGCAAAGGCCACUUGGUGAAGAUGGGUGGUAAAAUUAAGUCAUGGAAAAAACGCUGGUUCGUUUUUGACCGUAUGAAGAGGAACUUCUGUUAUUAUGUGGACAAGCAUGAGACAAAACUGAAAGGGCUUAUUUACUUCCAAGCAAUUGAAGAGGUUUAUUAUGAUCACCUACGCAGUGCCGCCAAGAGCCCCAAUCCAUCUUUGACCUUCUGUGUGAAAACUCAUGACCGUCUUUACUAUAUGGUGGCCCCGUCCCCGGAGGCCAUGAGGAUUUGGAUGGAUGUCAUUGUAACGGGAGCAGAGGGAUACACGCAGUUCAUGAGCUGAUAGACCUCUGGGCAACAGAACUGGACUGAGCAAGAAUCCAAACUCACCUGCUCUCUGAGCUGAAAUCAAUGGCCGAUGGUCUAAUAGUGUGUAACGGACGGACACCUGAAAAGAUUUAUUAUCUGAUGAAAAGCCUGAUACCUUCGAGUGAAUGAGGGCUUAGUCAUGACAAAGGUGCAGUUAACAGAAUUAGGAAGCUGUAUUUAUUGUGCUUUGAGAAGAAAAAACGUGUUUGAGCAGCUUAUCAGUGGAUUUAUGCAGGAAGCUCUCAACUUCAUAUCAUUUUGCUACAUAUUUAAUUGAUACAGCAGGAUUUUUAAGAUUUCAGGAGGAACACUUUCAAGAUUUCUUACUUUGAACGAGCUCAAAUUGUUUACACUUCUGAAGCUGAUCUAUGCAUGCAGUUAUCAAGCUAAUCUUUUUAAUACAUUUCUACUUUUUCUCUGUGAGCUUAACUUUUUCAGAGGGAAAAAAUAAUCUGUUCAUAUUUCAAAACUCUAAAAUUGCUAGCUAGGAAGUGUUAUAAAAUAUUUUAAAGGAUCAUGUAUAUUAAGUUCAACUUUGUUUGGUGCCAAAUAUUUGUAAUACCUAGUCAGAUUUUUACAGAUUAACAUAAAACUACAUAUUGUUCAUUCAGAUGAAUAACUAUAAGCAUUUGUAAUUUACAGUACAUGAAUACAUUAAACAUUUUCAAAUAAAUCCAUGAAUAAAAUGCUGAUAUUUUAAAACCACUAUGUACGUUUAAUAAAUGAAAAUAUAAUAUGGAUUUGUUGUUUUUUUUCUCAUAGGGUUGUUGAUGACAAAUUGACUAAACUGAACAGACUCUGUUACAAACCUUUUCCUGCUUCCUUAAUUAGUGCUUCGCACCAACAAAAUAUUAAUUACCAGCUUUCUUUAAAUAAUCUUGCCCGCCUAAUGAGCUGCAAGCUUUCAGAAAGGUGUUUUCCUUAGAAGACUACAACGUGU